AACGAGAGAGUCGAAAGAUUACAACUUUUUUUUAGCUUCUUGGAGAAGCUCAUUAAUGGCGAUUAUGAGAAGCUCCUUUCUCUAAUAAAACUCCAAAGAAGAAGAAGCUUGUGGAACGAAUCAUGGCCACUCUUCCAUUCACGUGUCCUCUCCCUUUUCCAAGGGGGCAGCUUCUUUGUCCAUCGAGUCUUUUGCUAAAUAUGAUUUGUCCCAAUGAUCAUAGACCGCAUAAGUUAUACAUUAGAGCCGUUUCAAAGAAAAGUGAUUCACAACUUGUAGUAGAGAAUCCAAGUAAUGAGGAAAGUAGUGUUAAAACUUCUAAAAAAGCUGAACGAGCUCCCAGACGCAGUAGAAAGAAAGUUGCUGCAGAAUCUUCAGAUAGGAGUUCUAUGGAAACUGUCAGUACUGUGAGUGAAGAGGAAACAAGCGCACAAUCAGUAUCUGCUGAGGAAACAAAGAAAGUUUCAAGGAGAGCUCGAACGAAAGCUACAAGUAUAUCGAGCUCAGAAGGGGAGAGUGUUCAACCAAAAGCUUCUAAGAGGAGGAGCAGGAAAAAAACAGUUGAUAUCGAAAAGGAUCUAACCAGUAGUGAAGUACUUGUUACUCUUGAGAAACCUGUGUCCACAAAUGUUCUCGACAGCGAAAAGGAGUUACAGUUAAAAGAAGGUGAUGGAGAGGAUAUUAGUUUCACCUAUAGUUGGCCACCUCUGGUUUGCUGCUUUGGCUCAGCCCAGUAUUCAUUCAUACCUUCAGGAAGGCCGGCUAAUCGAUUGAUAGACCAUAACAUUCACGACUCAUUGAAGGGCAUGUUUUGGGCCCCUGAUAAAUUCAUAAGAGCGCCUGGAGGGCCUGCGUCGAGUGUUGCAGUAGCUCUUGCAGCUCUAGGUGGCCGGGUUGCAUUCAUGGGAAAGCUUGGUGAUGAUGAGUUUGGUAACAAUAUUCUAUAUUAUUUGAAUGUAAACAAUGUACAAACUCGAUCACUCGUGCUUGACGGUUCGAAGCCUACUGCCUUGUCUUACAUGAAGAUAAUGAGAAGAGGUGGUUUAAGGAUGAGCUGCAAUAAACCUUGUGCUGAAGAUUGUCUUUUGGCUUCCGAGAUCAAUAUUGAUGUUUUAAAAGAGGCGAAGAUGUUCUAUUUCAAUUCAUCAGCCUUACUCGAUUCAAACAUGAGAUCGACAUUAAUGGAAGCAAUCAAAAUUUCCAAGAAAUUUGGAGGCGUCAUAUUCUUUGAUCCUAACCUUCCACUGCCACUGUGGGGGGCAAGCGAAGAAACCAUGUCAUUCAUCAAGGAAGCAUGGAAUGCCGCCGAUGUAAUCGAAGUCACCAAACAAGAACUCGAGUUUCUCUGCAGCAUCAAACCUUUGGAGAAAUUUGAUACCAAAGAUAACGACAAAUCUAAAUUCAUUCACCACAAGCCAGAACAGAUUAAGCACUUGUGGCAUGAUAAUCUCAAGCUCCUCUUCGUGACAAACGGGACUUCUAAGAUACACUAUUACACGGAGAAGCAUGAUGGAUGGGUACGUGGAAUGGAGGACCCACCUAUUACUCCGUUUACUUGCGACAUGUCGGUUUCAGGGGAUGCCGUUGUUGCAGCUCUCAUGAGGAUGUUAACAGUCCAACCCCAUCUAAUUACCGACAAGGGUUACUUGGAGCACAUGAUCAAGUACGCAAUCGAUUGCGGUGUGAUCGACCAAUGGCUGCUCGCGCGAGUUCGCGGCUUCCCUCUAAAAGAAGGGCUCGAUGUCGCUUCUUCGCAGCAUGAGAUGGCGAGAUCCCUUACAGAGAGAGAAUACCGGACAGUGGAGGAACAUGUUAGCUGAUCAAAGUCUGCAUGCUAGACCAUUACAUUAUUCACUUCUACAGAAAUCACUUCCGAGUUUCAGUUGUCAUUACGAAUAAUCGUAGGAACAGAGGCAGAAAUUUUGUAGCAGUUGUGCUAAUAGAGAAGCUGAUUGUAUUACUCGAGUAAUUCAUUAAACAAGAAAAAAAUUUUCGCUCGCUUUUCAGAUAAGUUUGUGCAGUUAUCUGCGGUACAUAAAGAGUGUGUUUUAUCAUUUCUGUAUGUGACAGAUACCAAAAUCCUCUUGUGUCAGUAACACAAUUUGUAUUUGUUGCAAAAUCAAUUUGAUUUUGACCCACACUCUUUGGUAGAUAGAGAGAGAGAGAGAGGAAAAAUAUAUGCCAAGUCCUUUAACUGUUCCAGUAUUGCAAUGUAUCAUAUUGUUGUUUUGUUUGAAUGUAUAAAUAUUUUAUUCAGUGUUUA